AUGGCAGCCGGAGGACGUACACCUAAACAGAGGAGGUUCGAUAUGUCAGCUGGGAUGGCUCUCAGGGCAUCCAACACCCCAAGACGACGGCGCGGUAGCUGCAAGUGUUUAUUUGGCGCGCCGGACAGGGACGAAACAAGGAGGCUAAUGGCCGAGCAAUAUGCAAGGGAAAGGAAGCGUUUCAUUAGACGGUUCAAUUUUGAUAUUGAGACAGAAUGCACGUAUAAAUCUGCGAAGAUCGAUUCGCCGGUCAAGUUUUGUGAAGAAGAUAAGGAGAACUCGGAGAGCCCGGUGAGAAUGGCUACAGAUGCGUUAGCGUGUGUAGGGAAUACAGACUUAAGGAUGUUAGGAUCACCAUCGCGACGUAGUGCUGCUGGUAGUUCACCUAGCUCACCUCGUACGCCGCGCACACCUCGCACGCCCCGCGCGUCGCGAACCCCGCGAACUCCACGCACCCCCGCAUCCAGGAGACAGCUGCAAAUGACAGAUUACUGGACGUUAAGAAAGCACGCGGACGCAGCGUCGAGUGAUAAAGAAAAUUAG